AUACUGUAUUGUAGGCCUUGUAUCUAUUCAAGAAAACAGACAGUAGCAUGUUGAAAAUUGCAAUUAAUUGUUGGCUAAUAAUUGUGUUUGUAAUUGAAGCAAAAUUGCAACACACAUCAAGCACUUUCUAUGAUGCAGGAAAAGCAAACGACAUCAUUGUAGUCUUACCGACUGCGCCCUGCAUUAAAUUCCAAACAAAACCACUUCAAAACGAAUACUUCGGAAACACGUAAGGCGUGAAUCACGAAGGAAAAAAGGAGCAAUACAGAAACUCAGAGAGACCAAAACCAGAGGUGGAUGCGCUGCUCCCUCUAACCGAAGUACCCGAACCCGCGCGCAUACCCAUGCACCCUCUCCUAGCGUGCGCACACGCACCAGUUUCUGAAUGAAUUUGGCUGGGAACGGACCCCUCCCACUUUGUCUAAGCGCUUAAUUGUCAGUUUUGACGAAAGCUCGGCAUGCAGGUGUCUCUCGCGCUCCUCGUCUCCAGCAUGGUGCUGCUGCUGUUAGAAGGAUGUUGUAUGGUCGUGCAGGGAUGGAGGGUACUGAAAAACGAUGCUACGGAGAUCAUACCAGAAUAUACUGAAGACAUACAGCCCCCAGAGGAACCAAUACUACAGACUAACAACAGUAAUAUAAUGAAUCGACCAAAACACGGGGGAAGGAGAUCAUCAGCAAACACAGUCUCCUACAGUGCUUCGGAGCUGAGCUGCAGGGAGCUGCGUUCCACUCGCUACAUCAUGGAUGGCUCCUGCCGCAGCGCCAAGCCUGUCAAGGAGCUGGUGUGCUCUGGCCAGUGCCUGCCCGCCCACCUCCUACCCAACUCCAUUGCGCGCGGGAAAUGGUGGCGCAGCAGCGCCUCUGACUACCGCUGCAUACCGGCCCACUCCCGAACCCAGCGCGUGCUGCUGCAGUGCCCUGGCGGCCACAGGCGGACUUACAAAAUUCGGGUGGUCACCUCCUGCAAGUGCAAGCGCUACACGCGCCACCACAACCAAUCUGAGGUCAAGCAGACCUCCUCGCCCAAGCCCCGGCGCAACAAGAAACAAGCCAGGCAGCCGGGUGGCCGGAACAAGAGCAAAACGCAGAUGCUGGUCGGCAACUCGUACUGACAAUGCCCCUUCCUUCUUCCGUACAUAGACUGAGACCCGAGCGGCACACCAGCUCAUACACACGCCACAUCCAACUCGACGUGGCUGCUUCAUCCGAGGGGGGAGGCGAAGACACCUUUUCGACACAAAGGGGGAUUUGUGAAGCUGUUUUGUUUCUAAACUGAUUUGACAUUUUGUGUUUCUCUCCAGACAGACAGUAUAGAUUUUGCUGCAUAUCUUUCAACCACAAAAAAAAAAAAAAACAUUUCCAAACCUUUUGAUUCGCGCGACCAAGUGAGUGUUCAGAGAAUGCCAGGGAAGGCCACGUGACUGGUCAGGAGACGUGGGACACUGCCACAGUGGAGUGGGGUGUGAUUACACGCUCCGGUUAAUAGCUGAAGGCCCCUGACUCCGACAUAAACAGAAUCCACCUUAGCCACAGCAAGAGGUGCACUUAAACUCAAAACCCACCUGUGAAAACAUCCACUGGGCAGGCUACACGGCUCAAUGGGCCCACAGAGUUGAAAGGUGUCUCUGUGCUGUAACUGUUUAUAAUUCAUCUCCUCCACGGCUGGGUGAACCGUAGCGUGGAAGCACGUGGCAGCCCUGGGGCUUCAGGCUCUGGAGGUGGGCUGCUGACAGGCCUGAGAGGCUCUGGCCUCGACCCCGGACCAGCUCAGGGAGCACCUCACUCACCGGGACCCUCCCAGCUGUAGCAACCCUGCAAGAGCUGUCAGUUAGGGCCCCUGGCCCAGCGAUUCUAGUGGCCCCUGAUGGGGAGGGGUCCCUGCGGUCAGACAGGCGACUGGGCAUUCCUGUGUUUCGUCUUAAUGACAAAAUGAGCCCAUUACUGUGUUUAGGAUUUGAGUCAUAAAAAGCCAUUUCCGCUAGACAUUGCUGGUUCCUGUUUGCUGGAAUCACACACACAUAUACACACACACACAAACACAUGUAAACACACACACACAAAAACACACACACAUGCAAGUGAACACAUAAACACUUUUACAAUUGUAACCUUGAGGCACAGUUUUCUUCAUUACACCAGCACUGACUGGAACUAGUUUUUAGCGGCAAGUCACAUUGGCAACCAACGAACCAUAUCCCUAUUCUUUUUAUUGUAAACCCAGAGCAGGAGGGAGAAAGAACACUCCUCUCCAACCUUUCUGCCUCUCAGUCCCUGACAGGAAA